CUAAAAUAGAAAAGUGGGUCUUGUGAGAAAGCCCAAGCCCAGUGUUUAGGGUUACGGGAUGAUUGAAGUAACCUCGUGAUAAGGGAAAUUCUCGUGUUGUUGAAACUCGAAACCAUCUCAUCUAUUAUUUUGUUUUUCCGCCAAAACCCUUUUAUUCAAUUCAAUCGUCGAUACUUUUGAAGUGAAGUUAAACAUGCAUCAUCAACUCUUCCUAUAAAGUAGCUUCAGGCGUGAAAUUUGUCGAUUAGGCCGUCGUUAAAGUAUCAUAUUUCUCCGGCAAGGUUCUCCGACUCCGAGGUGGUGAUAAGAUAAGAUAUCUACUUGUGUUGUGGCAAUGUCUUCCUCUACGUUUUCUACACAUGGCGCCACACUAGCUCCUGAACAAAGGAAGACCUUUGGUGAUUCAAAUAACUCAGAUGUCUUCCAUAACAAGAAGAACCAUGUAUCGAUGAGCUGUCCUAACAAUGGAAGGCUGAUAUCCAAGGAUAGAAUCCAAUGUAAAGCAGUAGAGGUCAAAAGCCACCACACUUUCUUGAAGGGAGAAAAAUUUCAACUUGAAGAUGUGAUUGAGGCACAGCAAUUUGAUAGAGAUACCCUGAGUGCCAUAUUUGAAGUGGCACGUGAAAUGGAAACAAUUGAGAAGAAGUCACAAUCACAUGGAAGUCAGCUUUUGAGUGGUUAUCUAAUGGCUACUCUCUUUUACGAGCCUUCAACAAGAACCAGGCUUUCGUUUGAGUCAGCAAUGAAGCGCUUAGGUGGCGAAGUUUUAACAACAGAAAACGCACGUGAAUUCUCUUCUGCUGCAAAGGGAGAAACACUUGAAGAUUCUAUUAGAACUGUGGAAGGGUAUUCGGAUAUUAUUGUGAUGAGGCAUUUUGAAAGCGGUGCUGCCAGAAGAGCAGCCAUGACAGCUAACAUUCCUGUUAUCAAUGCUGGGGAUGGUCCAGGUCAGCAUCCUACUCAGGCUCUUCUUGAUGUGUACACCAUUGAAAGAGAGAUAGGAAAGCUGGAUGGAAUCAAAGUCGCACUUGUUGGUGAUCUUGCAAAUGGGCGAACAGUUCGCUCUCUUGCAUAUCUUUUAGCCAAAUACAAUGAUGUCAAGAUCUACUUUGUCUCACCAGAAGUCGUAAAGAUGAAGGAGGACAUCAAAGAGUACUUAACAUUAAAGGGAGUUGAAUGGGAAGAAAGUGCAGAUUUGAAGGAAGUGGCAUCGAAAUGUGAUGUGGUGUAUCAGACUCGCAUCCAGAAGGAACGUUUUGGAGAGAGAAGAGAUCUUUAUGAGGAAGCUCGUGGGAAAUACAUUACUGAUAGAGAUGUGUUGGGUGUCAUGCAGAAACAUGCCAUUGUCAUGCAUCCUCUCCCAAGGCUUGAUGAGAUAACAGUGGAUGUAGAUGGGGACCCAAGGGCUGCUUAUUUUAGACAAGCUAAAAAUGGACUCUACAUUAGAAUGGCUUUGCUCAAGCUCUUACUUGUUGGUUGGAUUGAUAUUAAAGCAGACUUAUUUUCAUCAAGUAUCGGACAUGGUGUUAUCUCUUCAAAGAGGGAAAUCGUUAUCAUCACCUUCUCCAAGAGUACACAAUCCGUGAAUGUACGACAAACAGUUAAAAGACCUGACAUCAUAAAAUAUUCGUUUUCAAAAUAA